UUUAGCAGUAAGAGUCUACAACCACCUGCCAUAAUGUGGUUGUGGCUGCUGCUCUCUUUGCCGUGGACUAUUAAUGCAAAUAAGUGGUGCGAUGAAAGGUUGUGCGAGCCGGGGCUCCAACACAUACUUUGCAAAGAUCAAGGGAGAUUUUACAGCCCCUGUCCCGCGGCUUCAGAACUUGUGGAAAUGACUAAAAAUGACAUUGACAUGAUCACGCAUGUUCAUAAUGAUUUGAGAAACACAGUAGCAGGUGGAUUUACGGAUUUGCCCAGGGCAGCGCGAAUGUUGACAAUUCAGUGGGACGUGGAACUGGCGAAAGUGGCCGAUGCGGCCGUAAGGUUGUGUCACUUGAAUAAGCUUUCGUGUGUCUCAACGCCUUUGUUUUGGUGGCCCGGCCAGAACGAAGCUUUGGAAAGCUCUCACUGCAUUCAGCCCAGCACUAUUUUACUAAGAAAACAGCUGGAGAGCUGGACCAGUCAGUUAAGCAGUGCACUUGCUCAGCAUUUGCAAGAUCCUUCAGCUGGAACAUCGUACUUUCUACAAAUGGUACGGGAUCGGUGUGAUCGUUUUGGAUGCGCCAUCAGUCGCUUCACCAUUGGUCAAAUGACGCAUCAGCUGCUGAAGUGCAUUUAUAGCUGCACCACUUUGGUGGUCUCCCACUUGAAUCCCGUGUAUGAGGCGGCAUACUCACAUGCAGGGGAAAAGUGUUACUCCGGCCGUAGCCAGGUGUACCCCCAACUAUGCCAUCCAACGGAAAGCGCUGAACAAUGUUACGGAACUGAUUCUGCAGGACAUACCCCAGCACCUGGUUACCCAGGAUAUCCUCAGUAUCCUCCACCUCCUGAAAAUCAUACAUAUCUUGGAUAUCUUCCACUGCAUCUUCUAUAUCCAUUAAAUCAAACAGUUCCUACACUUCCUACACUUCCUACACUUCCUCCAUUUACUCUUCCACCUCCUCAGGAAACACUUCCUCCCUACCCCAUCGAUAAAAAAUACAAACCACCAAAAAUACCGAGAAACCCGAAAAUGCCACCACCUGGUCCUUCUCUCUCUUACCCAUCCCCGCCACCAUAUUUUCAUCCACCCCCACCCUUUUUGACUAUAUUCGAUAUCAAAAUUCUUAGGACAGCAGGAGCUAUAAAAAGAAGAGCACGUCCGAGGCCCCGAAUCAAUUCCCAAGAGUUAACCAGCUCGGAGUAUGACUUCUCCGAUUACGUCCAUGAUGUGGAUCCCUGUGACACUUGCACCACGACGCCGUGCAAAUUAAAAUUUUAUUGUUUCUAAUUGAAUCGCAAUUUUUAUGGACGCAUUCAGUUGAAGGGGAAUAAAAACUGUAACAAGAAUCAUCAGAAAUA